AUGCUGAAACAUUUCAGACGUGGUCAUGAUCCCAGUGGUGUAGAUGGUACAUCGGAGGGUGAAUGUGUAGUUCUAUGUCCAGCAUGUCUGCAGCCAGGGAAAAAUCUACCUGAUGGCUGGGAAACUGCUACAAAAGCAAAAUGGUGGUUGUAUGCAGUAUUUUUAGCCAUUGACGUGAACUUUCGGUUGAAGAGGCGGAACAUAUCAAGUGAUCAAGCAGACCCAAGUCUUUUGAAAGGCUGGGCGUACUUUGUCAAUGAGAAGGACUACAAGGCCUUCUUGGCUGAGCAUCUUACUGGUGCGCAGGAGGUAUGUGACUUACUGAUUAAUAAAUUGAUUCAUGCUCACAAUGUCUUACAGAAAAGCACAUGGCUUGUGGCUACAGGCAUGGGGACAGUAGACUGUGCCCGUCAUAAUUUUAAACAGCCAAAUGGAGUCGGGGAUCUGCAGAAAGGUGAGAAGUACAUCAACAUGGAUUACUUAUUUUUCUCAACUUUAUGUGGUAUGCAGCUCGAAAUGCUCAAUGUGUCAUAUGAUAUUGCAUGCCAAUGGCACAAAAACCUCUGGGCCUGCAUGAAGUCAUUCCCUCAAUCCCAUGGCUUAGACUAUCUCAGCAAGGUCAUACACUUCUUUGUACCAAAAUUCCACCUCCCCGCACACAUUGCCAAAUGUCAGACGAUCUUCUCCUUUAACUUCACAUGUUUUGUUGGCCAGAUGGAUGGUGAAGCCCCAGAG